GGAUGGUCGCCUUCUGCAGAAGAUCACUGGCAUGUACGAGUCCGGCCGUGCAGUAGAUAUCAGUGAAGUUAUGAAACAUGAGCUGACCUCUGUCCCCAGUUCGAUCGCUUUGGCUGAUGGAACACUGCGCACCGGUCAGAAGAGUCAGCUGGUGACCUGCUUGACGAAAGGUGUAGAAUGUCCUUCUGCAAUCAGAGAUCAGCAGCACACCGGAGUGGUGAUCGAUGCAAUGGGACUUGUGCAAGCGAUCGGGAAGCCACCGGGAGCAAAAACAUUCGGAGACAUCGCAAAAGUGUUUGACACAUCCCUGCGCAACAUUCAGGAGAAGCACAGUGCUCAACGACUCGACAUCGUGUUCGAUCGAUAUGAUGCUGACUCCAUCAAGUCAGCGGCCCGUGAGAGGAGGAAAAAUGGUUGCGUACGGUCAUAUGAAGACAACGAUGGCGUAUCAGAGGGCGGACUUACACAAGCCACCACGCUGCCCACUCAAGAAUGGAGGUGCUAUCUCAGCGUGUCAUCGAACAAAACCAGCCUAACCAGCUUCCUAGCAGCCGCUGUUCUGCGAGAGAGCUACGAAUUUACCGUCGUGGUAGCUGGAGCGUUUGAAUGUGCAGAAGAUGUGCGUUCAAACAAACCGGACAUGAACCUGUCUUCUAUGCGAGCGAUACACGAAGAAGCUGAUACCAGACUUCUGUUACACGUGGCGAACAUGCGACAGCAGACGGUCAUCGUGUACUCUCGCGACACAGACGUCCUGGUGCUGCUGACGUACCACCGCGAGAAACUGCCGGCAAAACAGCUUUGGAUGCGAACCGGAUCUAACAGAGACCAGAAAUACAUCCCCAUUCAUGACGUCGUAGAGUCUCUGCCGACAACUGUCUUGAAGGGACUCUUGGCCUUCCAUGCCUUCACUGGCAGUGACACGACAUCGUUUUUCUUCAGGAAAGGAAAAAGAAGCGCAUGGAAGACAUUCUUUAGACACCCUGUGCUACUGCAUGGCAUAGGACAAGGAUCAGACGAGCCCUCUUCAAAAGUGGAGAAAAAUGUCGAGACAUUUGUGACGAGGUGGUACGGGAUGUCAGGAGGCAUCACCUCUGUGAACGAAGUCAGAGCGACCCUGUUCCAGCAGGGAAAACACGUGGCGACUCUUCCGCCCACUGCCGAUGCCCUCAGGCUCCAUCUGAGACGGUGCCACCACCAGGCAGCCAUCUGGGAGCAGGCUCUGCGGCUGCGGCCGGCGCUGCCACCUCGAGACGGGGGUUGGCGGAUGGUCGACGGCAGCCUGAUGCCAGUUCUGUGCAGCCUUCCUCCAGAGCCAACCUGCCUGUCGAACGAUAUACGCUGCGCCUGCAGCAAGGCCUGUGCCAAGAGGUGCAGCUGCACAAAGGCUGGUGUCCCGUGCGCAGCUGGGUGCAAGUGCCGGUGCAGGUACACGUGACCGCCAGUAGCUGGUGACCGCGAUCGCUCCCUUGAGUGAACUGAUCAUUAGUGUUGAAUGUUGAGUGGUGACUAGUGCAAGUGUUGAGUAGUGUUGAGUAUAGUAUUGUUUAUUGAGUGAAGAACAAUGAAAAGUUCUGUGUGAGGACAAGCGGUCCAUCGCGAGUGGCGAACGGCCAUUCUCUAGUCUCCGGCGCUGUUAGUUCCGGCUUCUCUAGUUCUACACAGCUGGCGCAGCGCGACAUCUUCUUGAUGAUGGCAUGUGCUUAUUUGUGUUUGUACUUCUGUGUAGUGUGCAUGUGUGUGUGUGUGUAUGUGUGUGAUUGUGCGUACAAUGUAGAUUUGUGUUAUAAUGUACAAUGCACAUGUGUGCUUCUUGGUACUGAGGCUCAUGCUCGUGCGCACCGGGCUAGGCCUCUGAAAAAGUGAAUGGUUGGGUGACCAUUUCGUGCCAUUCGAAAUAAUAGGUACACUUUCUAGCAUGCGACGUUUCAUCACUGUAUGGGUAGUGGGAUGAAGAGCAUGAAAUGUCUUGUGUGGAAGGAAGCAGCAAUCGAAAAGUAAUAAAAGUGCACAGCGACUGUGGCGAACUA